AUGUCAGUGGCAGAGGGCAGACGGACGCCGGUGGCGGCUGUGGCCGGGGAGGAGCAGCAGGAGCCCUCCCAGCGCAGCGUCUUCCUCGACCAGAGUCGGCGGCACCGGACGGCGUUCACGCGAGAGCAGCUGUCCCGACUGGAGCAGGAGUACGGCAAGGAGAGCUAUGUGUCCAGACCCCGGCGGUGCGAGCUGGCCACGGCGCUCAAUUUACCAGAGACAACUAUAAAGGUGUGGUUCCAGAACAGGAGGAUGAAGGAUAAACGCCAGAGACACUCCGUGCCUUGGCCUCACCCUCUCGUCGACCCCCUGGGUGCACUCUUGAUGGGCCGUGCCUCUUCUUCCUCCACCUUACCAUACCCCUUCAUCCCGCCCCCACUCCCCCACCUCCCCCUUCACCACUACUCCUCCCUGGCUCUCUCCUUGCCAGCAUCCUCAGCUCACAGUCCCUACAGUGCACCCAUGAGGCCCCUGGAUGCACUCCGCUUCUUCCAGUACCACAACAGGCCUGGGGGGCUGCCUCAGACGACAGCAACCCUCUACCCCCCCGCCAGCAUCGUGCACCAUCCAUCUUCGUGCCCCUGUCCCCUUUGUCUGCACUCGGGACCAGAACAACUCCUUAAAGCCAGAGGGGAGGCACUGGGACUGAGCCAGCCCCGUGGUCUCAAGGCCAACAUCCAGCCUGCCGGUGUGGAGUGGACAGAAGAGAUGGUGUAA